GUGGUCCUGCAGUCUGCGCAUGGUCCUUUAUCCUGGUUCCCUGUGGGAUUUACACCAUCUUUGCCGAGCGCCUGUGGCAAGAAUGGUUUCCUGUGGUGCCCAUUGCAGCCGCGCUCAUGUUUUUCGUCACGACGAUGCUGCUUUGCCUUACCUGCUGCUCUGAUCCUGGCAUCAUCCCGCGCCGGAAGUUCAUUCUCCAAGCUGGGAUGGAGAAGGAGCUCACCGAGAUGCUAGGUUAUGAAGUGCUUGGUAAGGGCCAACCUACUGGUCAGCUUGACGUCGAUGGCAGCGCCAUGGUUCCCGAUGAGCUGAGACGGAAGGGUUACAAGUGGUGCCGCACGUGCCAAAUCGUGCGUCCGCCGCGCUCCUCCCACUGUCCUGAUUGUGAUCACUGCGUGAUGCGCUACGAUCACCACUGUCCUUUCGUGAACAAUUGCAUUGGCCAGCGCAACUACAUCUUCUUCGCCUCCCGGCGACCGUUGCGCCCCGAAACCCUGCAGCCCCACACAGAAUACACAGGAAACCCUAGGAAAGGUCUUCGUGCUGUUGAGGGGUCAUGUCCACAGUUACCAGUUAAGAGCGCUCUUCCAGCCUUUGUUCAUUCGGACUUAGACAUCUGA